GCCCGCAAUAGUUGUUCAGUUUCAGAGUCGUAAGUUGCAUAGUCCGCUGGUCCGCACUGGUCCGCGCUAUUCUAUACUUCCGUACCUGUGUAUCGUGUUUCGCUUGUAACGUAUUUUACAGCAACGACGACAACGACGACGACGACGACGACGACGACAAGGACGACAAGGACGACGACGACGACAACGACGACAACGACGACGACGACGACGACGACGACGACGACGAAGAAGACGAAAGUAGCAAUCGACAAAUAGAAGGAAUUGUUUAUAAAACAGAUAUUUCGAAGAAAGAGAUAUCUGCAGUGUGAAGGCGAAAUAACGUGGGAGACGCUUGGAGCUACGUCCGUUUGAUUUGAAGUUGACGGAACUUAUGUGCGUAUAUGUCGUUUUGCGUCUUGAACAAUGCGAAACUGGUGGUUGUUUUGAGUUUAAACUUUUUCCCCAAAUAGAGAAUGGUUGCAGAGUGUCGUGUACAUCGUUAACAAUCGGCUACAUAGCCGUACUCAGGAUAAGUGUUGAAUAGAAAUCGUCAUUGCUAUAGUUAGGGAAAUAUACGGGACAAUGUACAAAUGCGCUUAGUCGUUCGAGCUCGUGACCGCGGAAUGCAACGAGCUAUGUGGAAAUGCGAUUACCCGCUCUUUUGCAUAGAGGACUACGGGUGUUGUGUUUCAUCGGGUUGCAUCCAGGUAUUUUAGGAAGGAUCGACCUUGCCCUGUCGAAUUCUAUUUUAUUUGAUCCUCGGCGUGCUCCUCAAAUCUAUCGAUAAAAGUCGCUCGCGACUUUUAUGCCUAGGAGGAGCAUCGUCCUCUCCUUGUUAUUCUGCAACCUUCACCGCCCUGACGUGAUUUACCCGGUUUGCCCGCCACACGACGGGUUAUGUUUCCCACUUUUAUAGGGAUCCUAGACAUACAAUCGUGGUGGGAGGUGCCAAGUAUAGCACACUUCUGCUCAUUAUUUAGGGCUGCCUUCAAUCUUCUGGACUUUGACAUUGAGGAUUUAGAAGAAGCAUUGUUAACGGAUGGAGGUACAGAAGGUCGUUUAGUGCAAGAAUUAAUAGUAAAAUUGUUAGAAGGCUGUUUACCUAAUGAUACUCGCAAUGACAUCUCUACUUUUAAUUAUCAAAUGUUUCUUCGUAGACUUUUUCGGAAAAAAUGUCAGGAAUAUAAAUGUGAAAAUCCAUUUAAUACCGAUGUAGACUUUGAAUUAUUGCCACUUCGUCAAAAAGUAGAAAUAUUACGUGCCCUUUGUGACUUCAGACUAGACGCGGAAGACGUAGAGCAAUCUUUAAGUAAUCUGGACUCAGAUAGUCUGCGAGUUGAACCAUUGGGUCAUGAUCGUAAGAAUUCUGCUUACUGGUACUUCUACGGCACUCGAUUGUACAGGGAGGAUUACAUUGAUACUUCUGUUAGUACCACAUUCAAACAGAGCACUAAAUCAAGAGAAAAAAAACGUAAAAAACGAAGGAACAGAGUGGCGAAAAAGGAAGAGGAAGAGGAGGAGAAGGAGGAAAAUAAUCUAAUAUAUAAAACUAAUAAAGAAAGAGAAAGUGUGUGGCAGGUUGUUUGUUUUACUCAGCAAGAUUGGAGUCGUUUAGUUGAAAAAUUUCGUGAUUCAGAAUACGAUACUGAACGUAAACUUUAUCGUACCCUAUCAGAAGAUUUUAUGCCUGAAAUACCAAAACUUUUUGAUUUAAAAGAGAAACAGCAAAGGCGUAAACUUCUACAACGUAAUAACUCAAGAGUUCUUCGAAGUCACGAACCUGCUACACAAAUGGAAACAGUCAUGGUUAGAUCAAAGAUUAAGACAAAAAAUAGCAAAGGAGCAAAGAGAAGUACUCAGAGUACCAAGAAUGUUUAUGUUAAAGAUAAAAAUUCUUCACCAUUAAGUGUCCCACCUAUACAAAAAAAAGGUCGGCAGACUAAUAAUUCAUUAGCAUCUGCAGUUGGCCAAAUUGUUAUUCAUACUAGAGAUGAAGUGGAAAAUUUGGAAAAAAAGAAAGGGAUUAGUAGUCAUGGUGAUAAUUAUGUUACUUCUAAUUAUGGAUAUAAAUAUGGAUAUUCAUUUGGAAUCGAAGAAGAGGAACGUCGUGUAGGUAUGCAUAAAGUACUUGAAAGUUUAAAAGACCAUGUUGAUGUCUGGCCUUUCAUUGAUCCUGUGGAUGAAGAGUAUGCUCCUAGGUAUUACAGUGUGGUACGAAGACCAAUGGAUCUUAGUACAAUGGAAGAAAAAUUGGAAGGUGGAUCUUAUAAAAGUAUAAGUCAGUUCAAACGUGAUUUUCGUCUUAUUGUAGAUAACUGCAGACAAUAUAACGGUUCCGACAAUGAAUAUACUGAGAUGGCAAUUAAUUUAAAGGAAGCAUUUGAUAAGGCAGUAAACCGUUAUUUGGAAUCUGAAACAUCGAGUGAUGAAGAUCUUUCAUCAACAAGAUCAGUAUCUAUGUCUCCUUCAUCUCUUUCUUAUCCUUUAAAUACUACUUCUCCUUCUACAAUGCAGCAUAAUGUAAAAAAGAGCUUAAAGAAGUCAAAUAAAAGAUCUAAAUCUAUUAAAUCUGAAACUCGAGCAAAAUCAAAAAUUAGCGUGGUAACUGAAGAAGGAAAGCAAAGUAAGAAUUUGAAAUUUACUAAGAAGAAGAGAGGUAAGAGAAAAUCCAAGAAAAUGAAGGAAGAUAUUAUAGAAGAAGAGGAGGAAGAAGAAGAGGAAGAAUAUACAGAGAUAAAAAACGAGGAGCAGAAACAAGAAAAAGAAAUAAAGGGGGAAGAAGCUGACAAAGUAUUAUCAGAUGUUAAUGUUGUAAAAUCAAAAGGGAAGAAACACAUCAAUACAAACAAUGUUUUGUUAAAAACCAAAAAGCUGCCUCCCAAAGAACAAGAAGAAAUUAAACGUGCAAAUAAAAAGAACAAACAUCAACAAAAAAAAGAUGUAGAGAUUAUUCGUUCGGUAAAGGAAGGGAAGAGACGGAAAGAAGAUUUUGAAGAAAGUUAUGAACCUUCUAUUAUUGCAAAAAGUAAGAGUAGGAAAAUUGAGAAAAAAGAACUAGAGAAUACGUUAAUAGCAGAAAAUACGAAGAAAUGCAAAUUAAAACGAGUAGAAUCUCAAGAUAAUAAUACAGAAAAAUCUUUACAUGUAAAGGUAAAGAAAAAUCGUAAAAAGGAAAAAGUUGGAGCAAAAAUGAAUUUGAAAUCAGAUGAGGAAUUUGACGGAAAGAUUCUUAUGAAAGAAAAAGAGAAAGAAAAAAAAUCAAAACUGAAGACUGAAGAAAACGUGAACAACGGUGAAUUAACAGAUCUUGUAGAUUCCAAAGAAGUAGAAAUAGAAACAAAUAUACAAAAGUCAAAACAAUUUGAUACUUGUAAGAAACUUGCUGCGUUAGUAAAUAAUAAAGAUUUGGAGUCACUUGAUAGUCUGAAAGAUAAGGUAAGUGAAAGACGUCGUGAGGAAAAAUUGAAACAUGAAAAGGAAAAACAGAAGAAGAAAGAUAUUCAGAGUGCGUACUCGAAAAAAGUGCCUUCAAAUGGUAGUGCAUUACAUGAUGGAGAUAAAGUCAAUUCAAAACGGUUGAAAUCCAAAAAAGGAGUAAAGGAAGAAAAAUCGAUUGCUAUAGGAGACAUAAAUAAGUGUCACAAUCAUGAAGUAAACGAUAGUAAAAAAACAAAAAAUACACAAGUUAGACAUACCAAAGCAUUUGGUAAAGAAGAAAGUUCAGCGAUACAGGCCUUGAAUCAAGCAACAGAGCAGACGCUUAAUGACAUCAACAAAUGGCUCGAUGAUGCACCUCGGCUUUCGGAAUUUUCUUCUGGCAGUGAUUCACCAGUAUUUCAUUCCUCCAUUGAAUCGAAUAAAUCUGGACCAAAGUUAGAAGCUCCAAGAAAACGACCAAGUUCUAUUAAAAUUUUUGGACCACAUGGUCCCUCUAGACCAAAAAAAAUACAGCGUACAAUAGAUCGUUUACAACCUGGUAAAAGCAAGGGAAAUUUAUUAUUAAAGAAACCAUUAAAUUUAUCAUCUUCCAAUAUUAGUGAUACAACAGUCCAUCAAUCUGCUAGUGAUAACGUUCAACCUAGUACAGAUGUUAAAGAGGAACCAAAACUUAGUUUAGGAACUGUUUUGAAGAACGCUGAUUCAAUACAGUUGAUAUGUAAAGGCUUAGUUUCAUCACCAAAUCCUAAUUUUUCAAAUGACGAUGAAGAAGAAGAUCAUACAACAGUAUCAGUAAAUACAACAUCGAAUGCUGUUGAAGAAAAAUUACCUGUUAACAAGGGGACAAUUUUACCAUUGACAACAGUCGAAGAAACUAAGGAUAAUAAUGUUUUUACAGAAGAAAUUCAAAAACAAAAAUCCACAACGCCAAAUUUAAGUGCUUGGUUUAAAGCUUUUGGGGCACCAAAAUCAAAAAAGAAAGAUGAAGAAGUGGAAGAAGGUGUGCCAAAGAAAGAUGGAGAAGUACAAGAAACGAUCUGUAGUAGACCAAGACGUAUGAGCACGGGUGGUAGCAGUUUAAGUGAAUCACUUUCUAGCUUUUCUCAAGAAUCUCCACCAGGCCGUUCUGGUCGUUCACCGCAAAGUCAGCCUGUAGUAACUACAACUGAAACUCAAAUACGAGGUGCUGGAUUUUAUCAAGAUGCUUUGUCAACUGGUAGUAGUCCUUAUAAUAGCCCCUAUUAUGCCACACCACCGAGAUAUAGUGCUCAAUUACCUCCUACUCCAUCACCUCAAAAUCAUCCAUUGUCCCCAGCAUAUCCAUCUCCUGCAUCAUAUGAACAGACUCCAAUAUAUCCUCAAAUACCAUCCCAAACUUCUCAAGUAUAUCAAAAAUCAUCGCCUCAAGAAAAUUCAAAUGAAGCUUAUCGUCAGUUAUCUCCCACAUUUUCUCAAUGUUCUCCACAAAAUAAUUUCCCACAAAGUUCAUCACAAAAUGAACCUUAUCCGCAACAAAUAUCGUCUAAUACCCAAACUCAAUCCGCCGGGUAUUCUCAACAUUCUCCUCAGCCAUUACAUCCAGUAGUUUAUUCACAAACUUCACCUCAGGCACCAUCAAAUUAUUCGCAACCAUCGCCUCAACAAUCAACUACACCAAAAUAUUCUCAACCUUCUCCCCAACAAAACUCAUCUAUCAAUUAUACUCAAAAUUCUCCUCAAGCAACAUCUAAUUUUUCACAUCCUUCACCACAGCAACAACAUUCUCCUUAUUCUCAAUCUUCUCCUCAGGCAUCAUCGAAUUAUUCACGACCGUCUUCGCCUCAACAACAUUCUUCAUUUUCACAAUCAUCUCCACAACAAUCAUCUGUAUAUUCUCGGACUUCUCCUCAACCACCACCAGUAUAUUCACAGCAACCUACACAAUCUCCACAUUUUUCACAGCCUUCACCACAAACACAUUCAAAUAAUUUCUCACAGCCAUCACCUCAACCAAUUCCAGCAUAUUCACAACCAUCUCCAAAACCACAAAAUUUUUCUCAAUCAUCUCCACAACAAAUACAAACAUUCUCGCAACAUUCUCCACAAACACCACCUGCAUACUCUCAAUCUUCUCCACAAGCACAAGUUUCCUAUUCGCAACCUUCACCACAAAACAAUUCGUAUUCUCAACCAUCUCCUCAACAACCACCCAAUUAUUCUCAACCAUCUCCUCAACAACCACCUAAUUAUUCUCAACCAUCUCCUCAACAACAACCUAAUUAUUCUCAUCCAUUACAUUCACCCCAAACACCACCUAACUAUUCACAGUUGUCUCCGCAACAACAAGCAGCAGCAAUAAGUUAUCCCCAACCAUCUCCUCAGUCACCGCAUGUUUACUCUCAACCUUCUCCUCAACAGAAACCUGUAUGUACCUCUCAACAACAAUCUACUACAUACUUGCAAUCUCCUCCACAACAAGCUACAAAUUAUGCUCAAUCUCAACCACCCAAAGCUCCUGAGGACUAUACAUCAAACACAAUAGCAUCUUCAAGUUAUGCUCAAAACUUUAAGCAAACUCAUUCAUAUUUACAAUCUCCUACAUUGUCGGUGAAUGAAUCGGAACGGAGACAAGAAUUUUUGAAAUCUAAUAAUAGUGAUAAAACUUCAUCUGAGGAACAACGAAAUUUUAUCGUUCAGCCAGAAUCGUCAAUGAAUUUAAAUGCAAACCAUCAAAUUUAUCAACCUUCGAAUCAAUUUCCCACAGCAUAUCCAAAUAAUUUUUCUAAUAGUGAUAUGCAAAGAUCUAGUAGUAGACAUAGUAAUCAAGAACCACCACCACCACCACCACCACCACCACCACCACCACAACAACAACAACAACAACAGCAGCAGCAGCAGCAGCAACAACAACAGCAGCAGCAGCAGCAGCAGCAGCAGCAACAACAGUCGCAACAUCAGCAGCAACAGCAGCCGCAACAAACAUUGCAAGAACGACCAAAUUUUACUGACCUUAGCGAUUCUGUAGGUGUUCAAAAAUAUACUCAACAAAGACCGUUCCUCAGCAAAAAUGCAAGCACCGGAGAUCAAAUUCAAGCACAAGAUCAAUCGCAGCUUAUAGCAUUUCAACAAAAUUUAACGGCGCAUGAGUCUCUUUAUCAACCUGGAUUUCAACCUUCCGGAUAUCCUAUAACUAAUUCUAGACCAGUGUAUCACAGUCCACAUUACUUUGAUGCUAGCUCAAAAACUGCUAGUGGUGGAACUUCAAACACAACAAGUGGCAAUCUUCCUCCUGUAAAGAAGCGUGUAUAUAAUGAAUCGCCAAAUGAACCAUCGCGUGCUCUGCCACAAGAAUCUACAAUACGACCUGGGCAAGAACAAUUUAUUUUUGAUCCAAUGAUAGCACUUUCACAACCAGAAGCAGUUUCAGCUAGUCAAUUUGAAAGUGUAUUUGUUGGAAGUUUGGCAGAUUCAGUAGCCACAAGUCCUGCAUAUGCACGAUUGGGUUUAGGUUUAGUAAGUCGUAGUAACAAAGAACAGCAAUUAUUAACAAUUCCUAGACCACCUGCAAAACCAGAACAUUUGGCUUAUGCGCGUAGUCCUGUCUCGGGAACUGCAGAAUUGGAUUUGAAUCUCUUACAAAGUAUACAAAGUGCAGCAGCAAAAAAUACGCCAGGAAUAUUGUCAAUGUCAAGAAGAGUAGGAGAAACAACAGGACCUCCUGCACCAGUUACAACUAGGACAAAAAAAAGUAAAAAAAGUAAACAACAACAGCAGGAGCAACAAAAUGUCACUGCCUUAUCAUCUACAGUUAGUGGAGAUCAACAAGCUAGCGGCAGUAUAUCGAAUUUUUCCCAAUAUUCAGGCACUCCUGGAGACAUUGGCUUAAAAAAUACUUCAGUAAUUCCGCCAGGUGGUAGUGCCUUCAAUUUUGCUGCACCAACUAGUACCACCACAAGCAGUUCACCCUUUUACGAUAAGGAUGCUUCUGCUGCAGCAGCAGCAUUCGCAUUUUUAGAUGAAUUUCGUAACACAAAUAGUUAUUACAGUAUGGCGCUUAGACAGCAACAGCAACAACAACAACAACAACAACAAGUUGCACCAGUAACAGAUACUGUGCAGUCAUCCUGUAACAAACUUAGUAAUCAAUCUCCAAGAAAUUAUGCACCUCAUCCAUUUCUUCAUUCUGCGCAAAGAUCCGCUGCCUAUGGACCACACGUAUCUGCUUACGUUCCACCUCAUGGUCCAAAUCUAACAGUGGAUCCUGCUGCUUACCAACAAUAUAUUCAUUCCUUAUAUGCUCUACAACCACCACAUCAUCAUAGACCGUCCUGGCUUUAGCCAUUACAAUUGAUAUAAAAUAUAUUUUACACAUUACAAAAUAUUUCGGUGGACAUAUUGCUUUAUAUAUAUUUUUUAAUUUAAAGACAAUGCUCUUCAUUAAAAUCAAAGUUCAAUCAUAUUAAUAUGAAAGUAAUAGAGAAAUGAUUGUAGUGAUGAGUAUAUCGAAUGAUGAUUAUGAUAAUGUAUAAUAAACAUUUAUUUUUUAUGCUUUUAUUAUUUUGAUGCAAUUAACGAAAAGGUGAUUUUUGUUAUUAUAACCUUAUUGCUUCUUGUUAUUAUAAUCAUAGCAAUAUUUCCACCGGAACUCAUUGUUUCAUUUCAUAUUUUUUGUUUUUUUUUUCUGUUUUCUUUUAAUGAUGCUCUAUAUGUUUGGCAUUUUUACAGAUUGUCAGUAUAAACUUCUGUUUCUAUUCACUAACGUAUUAUGUACGCAUGUAUAUAAAAAUAAGCCCACCUUAAUAAUAGGAAUUUUUGAUAGUUUUUUAAAAAAUAAUUACAAAACAGAUGAAGUGUAGCUAACAUUCAAGUAAACUUUUAUCGAAAGUUCCUCGGCGUAAUACGCAUUCUUCAUGUUUUUUCGAUAUGUCGGGACGUAUUUUAUGCAAUAUUCAAAUAUAUAGAAAGAGAGGAACUACGGUCGACUUUACUUUGUUUUCUUUCAUCUUUUUUUUUAUGACGAUAGAUUUAUCAAUAUAUUUGAUUUAAAACAAGUUAUGUAUAGUACUGAGUGCACUAUCGCAAGUGUAUGUUAUAUAGUAUAUAAAUAAGUUAAUUUAUAAGUUAGAACACGUUUCAUUGUACAUAAAAUACAUAUCUAUUAUAGAUAAUGUGCUCGGUGUUUGUAAGUUUUAAAAAUCCAAAAUAUAAAUUGGAUAAUGAAAGAUCAUGCUAGUAUAUACGUUGGUAUAUGAUAGUACGAACGAAAAUGAAUUAUGAAAUACGAGAAAAACAUUAUCUAUAUUAUGUGUAUAGCUACGCACCAGAGAGAAGAUAUGUAACAUACCGCUAUCGUGUGUGUGUAUAUAUAUAUAUGUAUAUAAUAUAUACAUAUAUAUAUGUACAUAUACAUAUAUAUAUAUUAUCUAUCAACCCUGUAUUUGAGAAUCGUGUACCGUCAUAGAGCGGUUUAUCAAAACUUAUAAAUAUAUACAAAUUAUUGUAAAUGUAUAUUGUAAAUGUAUUGACAACAGAUUAAAGCACAGUUUGUUACAAAA